AUGCUGCUGCUGCUGUUGUUGUGGUUCCGUAUCCAUCAUCAUCCCCCUGCUGCUGCUGCUGCUGCUGCUGUUUUUUCUUUUGCUGCUGCAGCCGCUGCAGCACAGCUUCACACUCAGCAGCAGCAAACUCCCAACGAGAUAAAGAAGCAGCUAUUUCUGCUGCAGUUAAAGACAAACCCACGUAAGCAGCAGCUCCGCCCUGAACACAGCAGCAGCAGCAGCAGCAGCAGCAGCAGCAGCAGCAGAAGCAGAAGAAGAAGAAUGUGGCCGCAACAGCAGCAAAGGAUGGAACAACGACGCCAGCAGCAGCAGCAGCAGCAGCAGCAGCAGCAGCAGCAGCAGCCGCAGCAAACGCAUUAUCAAAGGCAGCAGCAGCAGCAGCAGCAAAUGUACAGGCUGAGGCAGCAGCACCUGCAGCUGCAGCAACUAAUGCAGCAGCAAAGGCAGUUCCACAGGCAGCAGCGGGUGCAGCAGCAGCAGCAACUGAUGUCGAAUUAUAGGCAGCAGCAGCAGCAGCAGCAGCAGCAGCAGCAGCAGCAGGUGCCGUAUCAUACGCAGCAGCAGCAGCAGCCCCAAAGGCAGCAGCAGCAGCAGCAACAAAGACAGCAGCAACCACAAGUGAGGCAGCAACAGAUGCAGCACCGACGCCAGCAGCAGCAGCAGCAACAAUUCCUGCAGCAGCAACAAUUCCUGCAGCAGCAACAACUGCUGCAGCAGCAGCAGCAGCAACAACUGCUGCAGCAGCAAGAGCAGCAGCAACAGCAGCAGAGACCAAACAACGGAGGACAACAAAGAAGAAGAGGUAGAAGGUCGAGCAACAUGCAGCAGCAGCAGCAGCAGCAGCAGCAGCAGCAACAGCCGCUGCAGCAGCAGCAACAACCGCGGCAGCAGCAGCAAUACCAGCAGCAGCAGCAGCAGCAACAGCAGCUGCAGCAGGAGCACGCUGAACGGCAGCAGCAGCAGCAACGCUGGCGUCGGCGGCAGCACUAUAUGCGGCGGCGACAGCAGCAGCAGCAGCAGCAAGAGCAGCAGCAGCAGGACGACCAGCAGCAGCAGCAGCAGCAGCAGCAGCAGCAGCAACUCAUUAACCCCGACGCAGAAGACCCAGUACAGGUAACAGAAGAACAAAACUACUGGCUGCAGAUGCUGCUGCUGCUGCAGCGCGACGAGCUGCUGCAGCAGCAGCUGGAGCGGGAGCAGCAGCAGCAGCGGCGGAGGCAGCAGCAGCAGCAGCAGCAGCAGCAGCAGCUACCAGAUCAUGAGAUAGACCAUCAACAAAUGCUGCGGCUGCUGCAGCAAAUGCAGGAGCUGCAGCAGCACCACCCGUAUAUGCAGCAGCAGCGGCAGCAGCAGCAGCAACAGCAGCAGCGGCAACAGCAGCAGCGCCAGCAGCAGCAACAACAGCAGCAGGAGCAGCAGCAGCAGGACGACCAGCAGCAGCAGCAGCAGCAGCAGCAACGCCGACAGCAGCAGCAGCAGCAGCAGCAGCAACGCCGACAGCAGCGCCAGCAACAGCAGCAGCACCAACCGCAGCAGCAGCAGCAGCUGCUGCACCAACCGCAGCAGCGGCAGCAACAGGGACAGCAGCAGCAGCAAGAUGGAGAGCAGCAGCAGCAGCAGGAGGAACAGCAGCAGCAGGAGGAACAGCAGCAGCAGGAGCAGCAGCAGCAGCAGGAGCAGCAGCAGCCGCAGCUGCUGCAGCAGCAGCCAUGGAGGCUAAGGCGGGGCCCCCCGCAGCUGGAUAGAAACCUGCGGCUGCGUGAGCUGCAGCAGCUGUACAUGCUGCUGCAGCAGCAGCAGCAGCAAAACUUUGAGGGAAUGCAGCAGCAGCAGCAACAAUACUUUCAGAGAGUGCAGCAGCAGCAGCAGCAGCAGCAGCAGCAGCGGCAGCAUCGAGAGGAAAGGAGAGAGCAACGAUACCAGCAGCAGCAGCAGCAGCAGCAGCAGCAGCAGCAACUGGUGCAGCUGGUGCGACACCAUAACCAGUACUAUGGGGGGGGAGAACAAUACUAUCAGCAGCAGCAGGAUCUGCUGCAGCAGCUGCAGCAGCAGCAGCGGCAGCAGCAGCAGCAACGCAUGCUUAGAUAUACAAGAAGAAGGAGGAGACAAGCAGCAGAAAUAGAGAUAGAGGAGAGGCUAGAAGCAGCAGCAACAGCAGCAGCAGCAGCACUUGUCGAUACAGGUAAUGCACUCAUGAAUCUAUCAUCUGCUGCUGAUCCUGCUGAUUCUGCUGCUGCUGCUGCUACUGCUGCUGCUGCAACAAGAGGUGCAGCAGCAGCAGCAAAAGCAGCAGCAGAAGCAGCAACUGCAGCAGCAGAUGCAGGAGCAGCAGCAGCAAGACAUUGGCAAUUAGAAGCAGCACUGGAGGUAGUAACAGCAGCAGCAGCAGCAGCAGCAGCAGCAGAAGCAGCAGCACGUGCAUCUAUUGCAGCAGGAGAAGCAGCAACUACGCUGCUGCAGCAGCAAACACGUGCUGCUGCUGCAGCAGCAAACGACACAGCAGCAGCAGCAACACUAGCAACACAAACUGCCAGCAGCAGCAGCAGCAGCAAGAGUAGCAGUAGCAUCAGUAGCAGCAGCGGAAGAGUAGUAGCAGCAACAGUAGCAGCAACAGCAGCAACAACAGCAGCAGCAGCAGCAGCAACAGCAGCAACGACACGCCACACUCCCCCCGCCCUCGCAGGCGACGCAGGCUCUGCUGAGCUCUCCUACUUUGCUGCUGCUGCUGCAGCAGCAGCAGCAGCAGCAGCAACAGUAGCAGCAGCAAGAGUAGCAGUAGCAAGAGUAGCAGCAGCAGCAUCAGCAGCAGCAGCAGCAGCAGCAGCAACGGAACACCACCCUUCCCCCGCCCUCGCAGGCGACGCAGACUCUCUUACGCUCUCCUCCUACCUUGCUGCAGCAGCAGCAGCAGUAGCAGCAGCAACAGCAGCAGCAGCAGCAGCAGCAGCAGCAGCAGCAAAAAGACUUACUGGUGUGUCUGCAAGGGCCUUGCGCUGCAGCUCUAAGGAAGAGAGAAACCCUUCUACAUCUCCCGUUUGCUGCUGCAGCUGUGCUGCAGCAGCAAAAAGAGCAAGAUGA